GGCAGCGUGGGUUAGACAGACCCGCGAGAACGGCUGCCGCGUCAGUCUGCGCUGAGUCCUCGUCGUGGGAGUUGCGGCAGUUGCGCUCUCUUGGUGCGUCUACCAGGGCAGCUGUUAGGGCCCCGUUAGGCCACUGACGUACAGAAGAGCAGCGAGAACCGGCCGACAAAGGUAUCAGGGACUCAGUGUGUUAGAUUAGUGAAGAGAGUGCGGAAAAUUCUUGAUACUUCCGACAUCCACAACAGCGUAACAUUGACUGCGGAAAUUAGUUCAGCUAUGUCUCUGGAGGAGUCACGGAGAUCGCAACGUCCAUACCGGUACGGGAUGGUCCUGCUGUGCGUCGGGGCUCUCAUCAACUGGUUGGGCCUAGCCGAGAACUACGUUGAGCCGGUGCGUUACGUCGGCGUCGCCUGCAUAGUCGCCGGAGCCCUCCUCAUCUGCGCCGCGAUGUGCUGCUGGCUGCACGCACCGCCAACUAGGACGAGCACGCACACGCAACACACGAACCAUCCAAUCACGGCACAGAUCGAUGACCCGAUCCACGUGAUUUCCAUCGAGGAACCGCCUGGCGUGUCGAGGCAAAAGCCGCCGGAUUACGAGGCGGUGACGGACGCACCACCGAGCUACGACGACGCCAUCAAGCUAAAUCCUAGUCAAUUAAUCAGGUUGAGCAAUGGCAGCACGCCGCCGUUAUCCUCAGGACAAGUUAUCCCGACGACCAUCAGUAUCGUCUCUCCAACGCUCACGCCGCCACCGCCUUACGCGAGGUGAGAUUAAAGUGCUGAAAAUAGAGACCAAUGAAUACGCAGGUCUGCGACGUGGAUUGGAGAAUCGACGUACACACCGUUGUCAAUUGCGAAGAGCGAUCACGUCUGCGGACCGCGAAUAACACGAUCGUACGACAAUUCCGUUGUUUGCUCUCGUCGUUACGAGAUGCGUGAACGUUAUACGUUAUAGCUGCGCAAAAUGUGGAGAGGGAGAGGAAGUUAAACCAUUCAAAGAACGCUCAGCAUUUUUCCACACAAGAGCAAGAAUCGAAAGAGGAUCUCUUCGCGACGUCUUAGAUAUCGACUGCUUAGAUUAUUAUUAUUAUUAUUAUUACUAUUAUCUAUUAGACACUGCGAACUGCGUUGGCACCGAUAUCGUUUAGCGCGUUUCCGAACGUUUAACUCUUCCUUUGUAACUUACGUCGCUGCAACUCCUGCCUCACGAUCCGGAAAGAAACAAAAACUCGUUAAACGGAGUCCGUUUCGAGGCAUCCGAGUUCAUUCUAACGCGCCUAAAGAUUCGCGGCUACUCCCAAAUUAUAUUGCAGAUCCAAGCCUCGCUUUUUUUUUUAUUUGUCGGAAGUCGGAUGGAUCUCACGUGGGAUCGCGCGCAUCUGAGAAAAUGAAUACACAGAGGUGAUACGUAACGACGUAUUGAUACACGAUGCACAAACGAACGAAUCUAUAUCAUGUCGUACUCUUUUUCAUUUUUUGUACGGGUCCAUACAUAUAUACGUACUCGUUUUACAUUUCCAAUGUAAUCCGAUGAUCGCGUCUCAACGAGAAUCCAUCCGCGAUGAAUUAUGUCAUAGGCGACCGCGCGAUUUCUAUCAAUUGCACUAUUGGCUCGGCCGCUGUUCUGUAACCGCGAGAAUGAAGUAACGACUUUUGACAGUCAGAUGUUUCGUUCAGCUCGCGGUCGGCUGUUCAUUUAAUUUAACGAUUCCAGUCGCGCCCUGAUUGAUGCCGAUCUGUAGAAACGGUGGUCUCUUAAGGUUAAAUUAAAUUGACGGAGCAAACACGUGUUUUUUUUUUAUUUUUAGAAUAUUUGCAUUUUUAAUUCAUCUCAUUACGAUCGCGAUCGUUAUUUGGAAAGUGACGUGGGGAAAAAAUUGAAAAGGGAUCACGCUAAAAUACGUAAAUCGCAUCGAUUUAUCGCCGUUAUAAUAAUGUAAUAUUUUAAAAUUCGUUGUGCUCCGAUAUUUUGACCCACGUCGCUUUUGAAAUAAAGCAGCUCAAACUGUUUCACCAUUAAGUCCACGUGACUUUUUAUAUAUGUAUAUGCGAUGGGAAAUGCUCGCGACAGAUUUUCUCACUCCGGGACAUUGUCCCAUCGGGAUCGCGAAGCGCGCGCCAUUCGUGCGUACGCCGAGGAUCCCGUCCCACGAUGAUCCGGAGAGGAAUCACAGUAAUAGAGCAUUUAGCGCGCAUAGCGAGCGUACCAGCUGCGCGUAAUUUACUGAAGAAUGAUCUUCUGCCAUAUCAUCUCAGUGUCUGUCUCUUUAAAUACGCACACGCGCGCACAGCACACUCAUGCGAAAGCCAUUCGCACGUCCAUUUUAUUGUGAUAUAUACUGUUACAUAUAUACGUGUAGAUAUUACGAAACAACCACUGUCGAACGCAAUGGCGAUGCUUGUAAAAUAAGACUUUUUUAUAUCGAAAGUUCAAAUACAAAAUAUGAGAUUUUUCUACGA